GGGAGAGCUGUCAAUACACACUAUUUCAAUACCGCAGCAACUUUCUAUUCCAAAACAUCCGGACAAUUUUAAAGUCGUCAAACGAAGUAGGCUGCACGAAAAAACAAAGAGGCAGACCCAAUCAUCACUUAAGUGUUGUUCCAAGUGCUUGUUCCAGCUCCUUCCAACUAUUCCGGGCGCCUGCCCUCCAUGCUCCUGUCAUCCGGAGGGUGUUAAGAUCCAUGGAAGUGGCCGGUUUAUACGACGAGGACAGCUUUGCUUUCCAUGCCAGACACAGUGCUGUGAGUCCCGUCAGCCACAGCAGCAGCCCGUACAGGCCUCGGAGGACCUGCGACUCCAUGACGGAGCUGCAGGGCAUCGAGGAGCACGAGAAGGCCAAAGACUUCUGCAUGUACCUGGACCCAGCAGUGCACUGUCAACAGCUGGCGGCGUACGGCGACGCGCAUCACCAGGGGGACGUGUUCUCCGAUUUCCUCACGGAAAGCAAAAUAAAGCGAGCGGCGGCGUUCCAGAAUUUCAAGAACUACACCUUCGUGAACGAGCUGGAGUCCAGUCAGUGCGGGAACCUGAGGGGCGUCAGGGAACCCGCGUACGCGCCCGGGUACCCCGACCUGCAGGAGACGCGCGUGGACACCGUGUACAGCCCCGGGCUCCUGGAGAACCGGUGCAAGGGGGUCGAGGGUAACGACGGCAAGGAAGACGCCAAGAUGGACGGGGGAUCUUCGGGUUUCGACAUGAGGUCAUAUCUUCAAUACCAGUCCACUCCCAGUGGCAGCCUGGGAAACAUCUCCAGCGCGUCUUCGUCCUGCUCCAGCCCGCCGGGCACACCUGGCCCGUCAGGUACCAGCAGAUCACCCUCACACAACGGGAAGAUGUCCAGCGGGAAAUCAAAGAAAAGGCUCGAUAAGGACAGUGAAGAGUAUAAACUCAGGCGAGAGAGGAACAAUCUUGCGGUGAGGAAAAGCAGGGAUAAAGCCAAAAUGCGUAAUAUGGAGACGCAGCACAAAGUGCUUGAACUGGCCGCAGAGAACGACCGCUUACAGAAGCGCGUGGAGCAGUUGUCCAGAGAGCUGGGGACACUCCGCAACCUGCUCUCUGCCACCGGGCAGCAUUAGAGACCUUUGGACCACUGUCUACACAUCUUCUUUCUUAUGGAAAGGGUUGUCUUGGAUACUAAACUGUUCAUGGACUGAUAAUAACCGGCUGCAAUACACGGAGAAGUGUGUACAUGGUACGCUUACAGGUGAAAACAGCCAUCACCAGUUUACAAGGACACAGGAUGGGAGAGUAUGGUCCAAAUGUGGGGUGCAUUGAUUGCGCAGAUCAUUCAAAAUGCUUUAUGACCGAUAAAAAAAUAACAUUGCAUUGCUUUUAUAUGUAUGCAGUAUUUCUGUAAAAAAUGUUUUACAUGCUAAUUGUGAAUUUAUAAAAAAAAAUCUCAUCUGGAGCCAUGGUUGUCAAGGGAAGAGUUGCACUGCAGUGAAAUGAUGCAACUCUUUGUAACAGUAUGGGCAAUGAAUGAAAUAGGCCUACUACGUACAAUUAUUUAAUAUUAAAAGGUUAAAUGCUUUAAUUUUAUAUUAUAUUUUAUCAAAUUAAAACAUAUUUGUACUUUGUUUUUUAUAAAUGUAUCUUGCAUUUUCGUGUUUUAUGUUAGUUUUGCAAUUCUGCAGGCAUAACUUCCUAUAGGACUUCAGCACAUCAUUUUAAUAAGACCAGUUACUGUAUUUAAUGUCCAUGAGAUUAUAUGGAUAUAUUUGCCUGAGUUUAAAAGAUAUUUUGCCAGCCCAUGGAGCUGAAAAGAUGUCUCAGAGUUUAAGCAUCUUUAGUGUUAUUAAACACAUUCAGCACACAAGACCAUGAAUAAAAUUGUGGAAUAUAAUGUGA